GAAAAAAAAAAACCAUAAUGUCCACUGAAAAUUCACUCUGAAGUAGAAGUUAGAACUUAGAACCCCCCUGCUCUCUAGGGUUAGGGUUUAUCACUCUUUUCCUCUUAUUAGGAGCUCAAUUCAAAACCCUGAUUUAAGAUUCGUAGCCUUUAAUUACCCUCAAUUUCAGCGCAUUUCGUUUCGCAAUACAAAACCCUUCAUAUCUGAAGCCAGCUUUUUUUUUUUUUUUUGGGGGUAUUAGUUUCCGACUGACUUGUUCACGAUGACGAAAGUUUACGGAACCGGCGCGUACGACUUCAAGCGGCACCGUGUAGCGGAGUACCCGGUGGAAACACCGGCUGAUAAGCCGGCGGAGGCAAAGCCUGGCGCGGCUCUGCCGAGCACGAUAACUCUAUCGGAGAUACAGCGGGACCGUCUCACUAAGAUCGCGGCGGCUAAUUGGUCAAAAGCCGGCGGCGGCUCAAAGCCCGACAAGCAGUUCGACCCCGAGCUGGUCAAGGAGAUCUACGAGACAGAGCUGUUGGUGAAAAGUGGGAGAAAGCCCGUUCCGUUGCAGAGGGUGAUGAUCCUGGAGGUCAGCCAGUAUCUGGAGAACUAUCUAUGGCCGAAUUUUGACCCCGAAACAGCGACGUUUGAGCACGUGAUGUCGAUGAUAAUCAUGGUGAAUGAGAAGUUUCGAGAGAACGUGGCUGCUUGGGUAUGCUUUUAUGAUCGGAAAGAUGUGUUCAAGGGAUUCCUCGAGCGAGUUCUUCGGCUGAAGGAGGGAAGAGAAUUAAGCAUAGCAGAGAAGACAAAUUACUUGGUCUUCAUGAUCAAUGCAUUUCAGAGUUUGGAAGAUGAGGUUGUUAGCGAGACUGUUUUGAGAUUAGCAAGUUUGCAAUCCUGGCAUGGCCUGUCAUAUGGCCGUUUUCAGAUGGAACUUUGUCUGAAUACAGAUCUGAUAAAGAAAUGGAAAAGAAUGAUAAAGAGAGAGGCUAAGGAGGCGACAAAGCAAGGGGAGCUUUAUAACCCCACAACCAAGCUUGAAGUGAAAUUCUUGAGAAAAUUUAUUGAAGAAUUUCUGGAGGUACUUGAUUCAGGGGUUUUCCCCCAGCAACAGUGCAUUAAAGAUGAUGAUGUAAUUGAUGCUACUGGAUUGGAGCAUGUUGAUGAUGCCUGUGUUUUGUACUGCGAGAGGUUUAUGGAAUUUCUUAUUGAUCUUUUGAGCCAACUGCCAACAAGAAGGUACUUGAGGCCUCUUGUUGCUGAUGUUGCUGUUGUUGCCAAGUGCCAUUUAAGUGCUCUCUAUCGACAUCAGAAGGGGAAACUCUUUGCACAAUUGGUCGAUUUGCUGCAGUUCUAUGAGAAAUUUGAGAUUAAUGAUCAUGUUGGGACACAACUGACAGAUGAUGAGGUCCUCCAGUCUCAUUAUGACCGCUUUCAAUCUUUUCAGCUUCUUGCAUUUAAGAAGAUUCCCAAGUUGCGAGAGCUUGCAUUGGCUAAUGUUGGUGCCAUUCACAAGCGUGCUGAUCUUUCUAAGAAGUUGUCCGUGCUUACUCCUGGAGAGCUGAAGGAUUUGAUUUGCUGCAAGCUCAAGUUGAUCUCAGAUGAAGACCCCUGGUCAGAAAGGGUUGAUUUCCUGAUUGAAGUCAUGGUCUCCUUUUUCGAGAAACAACAAUCUCAAAAAGAAGCUAUAAAUGCUCUCCCACUUUACCCAAACGAGCAGAUUAUGUGGGAUGAAAGCCUUGUACCAAGCAUAAAUUACUCAGGCGAAGGUUGCCUGGCUCUUCCUAAGCUUAAUUUACAAUUCCUAACACUUCAUGAUUAUCUUUUGAGAAAUUUCAAUCUCUUCCGUCUCGAAUCAACAUAUGAGAUCCGUGAGGAUAUUCAGGAAGCUGUACCCCAUCUCCUUGCAUACAUUAAUAAUGAAGGAGACACUUCUUUUCGUGGUUGGUCAAGAAUGGCUGUGCCAAUUAAAGAAUUUAAGAUCACUGAGGUAAAGCAGCCAAACAUUGGAGAAGUCAAGCCAUCGUCUGUUACUGCAGAAGUUACUUUUAGUGUUUCCAGUUAUAGAGCCCAAAUAAGAUCAGAAUGGAAUGCCCUUAAAGAACAUGAUGUUCUAUUUUUACUUUCUAUUCGCCCUUCAUUUGAGCCUCUAACUGCAGAAGAAGCCGCCAAGGCAAGUGUGCCACAAAGGCUUGGCCUUCAAUAUGUGAGGGGAUGUGAGAUUAUUGAGGUUCGUGACGAGGAGGGAACUCUCAUGAAUGAUUUCACAGGAAGAAUUAAACGAGAUGAGUGGAAGCCACCAAAAGGGGAACUGAGAACUGUAACUGUUGCUUUAGAUACAGCACAAUACCACAUGGAUGUCAGCAAUAUUGCAGAGAAAGGCGCAGAUGAUGUUUAUGGGACAUUUCAUAUAUUGAUGAGAAGGAAGCCUAAAGAAAACAACUUCAAAGCUAUUUUAGAGUCCAUAAGAGAUCUUAUGAAUGAAUAUUGUAUUGUUCCUGACUGGCUACACAACAUUUUUUUGGGCUAUGGGAAUCCUUCUGCAGCACAAUGGACUAAUAUGCCUGAUAUUUUGGAAACAGUAGAUUUCAAAGACACUUUUCUUGAUGCUGACCAUUUGAAAGAGAGUUUUCCAGAUUAUCAGGUCUGUUUUAUAAAUCCAGAUGGGAGUGAAAAUUUGCAUCCAAGGCCUCCUUUCCGAAUUAGUCUUCCCAGGAUGCUGAAAGGUGGCAUUCAUGCCCUCCCAGUGAAUAAGAUGUCUGCCGUUGAUUCAGCAAAUGAUGCCAAUAAGGCGGAUGCUGAUUUUGAGAAAGAAAAACUCACUGUUGAGGCAUACACUGCGCCUGAUCCAGGUCCUUAUCCCCAGGAUCAGCCAAAACAGAACUCAGUUAGAUUUACACCUACACAGAUUGGAGCAAUCAUCUCUGGUAUUCAGCCUGGACUGACAAUGGUCGUGGGUCCACCUGGUACAGGAAAGACUGAUACAGCUGUACAAGUCCUGAAUGUUCUUUAUCACAAUUGUCCUUCUCAGCGAACAUUAAUUAUUACUCACUCAAAUCAGGCUCUGAAUGAUCUUUUUGAGAAGAUAAUGCAGAGGGAUGUACCUGCACGAUAUCUUCUUCGACUUGGUCAAGGUGAGCAAGAGCUAGCGACCGAUCUCGACUUCAGCAGGCAAGGCCGUGUAAAUGCAAUGCUUGUUCGACGGUUAGAAUUGCUUAGUGAAGUGGAGAGGCUGGCGAGAUCUCUCCAACUGCCUGAGGAUGUAGGUUAUACUUGUGAAACGGCUGGAUACUUUUGGUUGCUUCAUGUAUACUCACGCUGGGAACAAUUCCUGGCUGCUUGUGCAGAAAAUGAAGAUAAACCGACAUUUAUUAAAGACCGCUUCCCCUUUAAGGAGUAUUUCUCCAACACACCACAUCAGGUUCUUACCGGUGAUUCAUUUGAGAAAGACAUGAGAGCAGCGAAGGGGUGCUUUCGCCAUCUUAAGACUAUGUUUCAAGAGCUUGAAGAGUGUAGGGCAUUUGAAUUGCUCAAGUCAACAGCUGACCGGGCGAAUUAUCUAAUGACCAAGCAAGCAAAGAUUGUUGCAAUGACUUGCACUCAUGCAGCUCUAAAGAGGAAAGAUUUUCUUCAGUUAGGUUUUAAGUAUGACAAUUUGUUGAUGGAAGAAAGUGCCCAAAUAUUGGAGAUUGAGACCUUUAUCCCGAUGUUGCUUCAGAGGCAAGAAGAUGGUUAUGCGCGACUUAAACGCUGCAUUCUGAUUGGUGAUCAUCACCAGUUGCCUCCAGUUGUGAAGAAUAUGGCUUUCCAAAAGUACAGUCACAUGGAUCAGAGCCUAUUUACAAGGUUUGUUCGUCUGGGCAUUCCUUAUAUUGAGCUCAAUGCCCAGGGUAGAGCUAGGCCAAGUAUUGCCAAACUUUAUAACUGGAGGUACAGGGGUUUGGGAGACCUUCCUUAUGUAAAGGAGGAAGCAAUCUUUCAUAGGGCAAAUGCUGGCUUCUCCUAUGAUUAUCAGUUAAUUGAUGUGCCCGAUUACCUCGGGAGAGGGGAGACUGCCCCUUCUCCUUGGUUCUAUCAAAACGAAGGAGAAGCUGAAUAUGUUGUCAGUGUCUAUAUGUACAUGCGAUUGCUAGGUUACCCUGCUAAUAAGAUAUCCAUCUUGACGACAUACAAUGGCCAGAAACUUUUGAUCCGUGAUGUUAUCAAUAGAAGAUGUGUUCCGUAUGAUUUCAUCGGUCCACCCAGCAAGGUUACAACUGUUGAUAAGUUUCAAGGUCAGCAGAAUGAUUUUAUAUUGCUGUCUCUUGUGCGUACUCGCUUUGUUGGUCACCUUCGUGAUGUUAGAAGAUUGGUUGUUGCCAUGUCUCGUGCCCGACUUGGUCUGUAUGUGUUUUGCCGCCGUUCUCUGUUUGAACAAUGCUAUGAAUUGCAGCCUACAUUUCAACUUCUGCUUCAGAGACCUGACCACCUUGCCCUUAAUUUGAAUGAGAUCACAUCAUAUACAGAACGCCAUGUUGAAGAUACUGGACCUAUCCAUCUUGUCAGCAGUGUUGAUGAGAUGAUUAGCAUUUUUAACUGGAGGUAUCAGGAACAGUACACGAGGAACCAAUUUGAUCAUUAUAUGGCCUACCCGGGUGCACAUGAGGUGCAAAAUGGCCAACAGAAUUCAACACCCAUGCAUCAUUCUGUGGACACUGAUAUACCGAAAGCUGCCAAUGGCGCAGCCGGGGAUAUGCCAGAUGAAAGCAGCAUGGAAGAGGAUACAAAGAUGGAUGGCCUUAUUAAUGGCCAAAAUGGGGAUGUUCCGCUUGUGAAUUCCAACGGGGAGGUAGAUAAGGAGGUUAGUAGAGACGAUGAGAGUGAUCCACUACCUGAAAGCAACUCAAAUGAGGGAACCACAAUGGAAGAGUAGUGUAUUUAAUAGCCCUUCUCUCAAGGGUUCUCUUAUCUGGGAUUUUUGUACCCAUAAAAGAUCUCUUGAUUCAGCUUUGCGCCAAUCGAUGCCAACCGGGGAAUGCUUUGCCCUAACUUUGGUCUCAGGCUAGUCUACCUGGCUCCAUGACAUCGUUUAUUGGUGUUUGAGAGAAUUGUCGUGGGAAUUAAAAUUUACUCCUGACGCUCUGAAACAAAACUCCUUGAGAGAGUGCUCUGUGGCUCCCUCAUCUGGAAGAGAGAAAAAAUGUAUUCUGCUUACCAGAAUGUAUUAGUUGUACAGCGCUGUAUUUGUUGAAAAUUUUUCGUCUCCUGUACUGUCUAAACAAUGCAUUCGUUGCAAGUAAAAUCAUCCUGUAUCGGGUUUCAGCCCAUUUUUAGGUAA